GGUCUGCCGGGUCAGACCGGCAUCUUCCCUUGCUAUUGGAGCCAACGCGCACCACAUGAUGGUGAUUGCUGACAGCUCUGUUCCUCUAUUCACCCGAGCAUCAAGACAUGUGGCUGUGAGUUCGAUGACACGAUCACAAAGUCAAUCAUCAAACUGCGGCCUGUAGGGUGUCCUAUGUGGAUGCCCUUAUGACUGUACAUGCUGUUUCUGAGCACCGAAGCCCAAUAACAGAACAUCGCUCAGCUGUUGGUAGGUGGGGUUCCUUCCCAAUCAAGCCCUUCCAGGUGUCACUCUAAUUCACAUGAGCAAUGAAGUCACCCGGCAGAAUGAGAGAUCGCCAAGUUGGAGUGAUCUCCAGCACCUCCACUAACAACUCCAAAAAGGGUAUGAUUAAGGUCGAGGAUGAAGAGACUGGUAACAAUGAGGCAUAUCUCGACACUGAGAAAGCAAAAGAUGUUUUGCCAAAGGAGGAAAAAGAGGGUGUUACUGAGGAAGGAAUGGAGGAAGGAGAUGAUGGUGACAGGACAGAGGACGAUGAUGAAAAUGAUGAAGAAAGAGAUUCUGCGGCUGAACCGGAGGACUUGUCGAUGAUGGAUUAUUCACUUUACGACAGUGCAGCUCUGCAGGAUGCCUCAGCAGGGCCCGCUUCAGAGAGAACUUACAUGGCAGGAGCCAUGACUCCCCACAUGCAGUCAAUGGGGAAGCUUAACUGCGACAUCUGCGGCUUGUCCUGCGUCAGCAUCAACGUACUGCUGGUGCACAAACGCACCCACACGGGUGAGAGACCAUUCCACUGUGCUCAGUGUGGAGCUUCCUUUACUCAGAAAGGAAAUCUGCUUCGCCACAUCAAACUCCACUCUGGGGAGAAGCCUUUCAAAUGUCCCAUGUGCAGCUAUGCUUGCCGCCGACGUGACGCCCUGAGCGGGCACCUGCGCACCCAUUCUGUAGAGAAGCCCUUCAAGUGCAACCUCUGCAGUCGCAGUUACAAGCAGCGCAGCUCCCUCGAAGAGCACAGAGAGAGGUGCCAUGUGUACGUUCACUCUAAAGCACCUGCUGAGAAAGACGCGAGUCACCCAUCAAGGAUUCAGAUGGGCACCGAGCGUGCUCUGCUACUUGACAGGCUCGCCACAAAUGUAGCCAAACGCAAGAGUUCCAUGCCGCAGAAGUUUACAGGUGAUAAUGGUGUCUGUCUGGACCUGAGCUUGAACAGGAACACAGUUCACCAACAGGACCCUCCUUUAGGCUCCCCGGGGCCUGGGGUGCACUGCCAGCAGCCAUUAAUACGUUCAGGCCAUGACAGUGACCCGGCUCACUCCCAAAGGCCAUACCCUGUUCUGUUAAACCGCAAUAACAUCAGUCCUGUUGGCCUCACCAACGGCCACAAGACAAUCAUGCCCCUGCCAGGUCUACCUCACCCCCCCCAGCAACCUCCUGUCAUGGAUGCGUUCAACCCUGAUGGCUUCCAGGGAUCUCCCAUCAUGUAUAGCUUAGGCCACUUGCUGGGUGGUCUGAACCAUCAGAACGGGAUCCCACACUCUCAGCCCGUUCCCUUGUCACCCUUGGAAGCUUUGCAGGUGGUGCGGUCUGACGGAGAAGCUGGGGGGAUGCCUGGGGCCUUGUACUCCUGCAGCCACUGCAAGGUGAUAUUUCUUGACUACGUUAUGUUUACUAUCCACAUGGGCUGCCACGGCUUCCGCAACCCGCUUGAGUGCAAUGUGUGUGGCCAUUGCAGUCGAGACCGUUACGAGUUCUCGUCACACAUAGUCCGCGGGGAGCACCGAUUGGAAAUGAAAUACCUACCAUCCCAUUCGGGGCCCACAUUACACACAUAAUUGGGUGACAAAUGACGAUGCAGAUUUACUUUUCAAUGUAGCUAGUGGAACUCUAUGUUCAUUUCUAGUUCCAACAGUUCACAACUAUGUGGUGUGUUUUGAGUGUAUAUCAUAAAGUAGGAGGUAGAUUUCAGAAAUGUAUUAGUGUUAGGUUGGUGUUAUACAUUGUGCUGUAUACCAGGCUAUUGCUACUGUUCAUUUUGAACAUUCAAAUGUUAUCCAAAACAGCUAAAUAUAUUCUGCUGAUGUUUUUUUCUUUGCUAAGAGAUUAGAAUAAAAAUCAUUUUUGUCACAUGAAUGCCUCCUCCUUGUUGUAUUCAUCAGCCAACAUUUGCCAUGUACAAACUAAAGGAAAAAAUAUUGAAGGGCAUGUCUCAUUUUUGUAUGCUGUGGUUAGAGAGACAAGCAGUUCACCUCAGAUGAUGUGUUUUGUUCACUCCUGAAACACAUUCGCUGUGUAAUAUCAGUAGAUUUCAUUAACUUUGACAUUAGUGAAUGUGAUUUUACUUAUGAGUUUACUCUUUUUUCAGAAUUUGUGUUUUCUUAUGUUUAAUGGAAGUAGUCCUACUUUCACGGCAUCACUUUGAGGCAUGUUGAGAGAUGAUUACUGGUAUGUUGGUGAUUUUGAUGUUGCUAAAUGUUAUGUAAGUACUGACAGUUUCACCUCAAUGCCUUAAAGAAGAGGGUGUUGGCUUCAUCCAGCUGCCACCGCACUAUCUAUCCAUCAGUGGCAGUUCCCUUUUCUCACUUUUGGUUUGAAGAGAAGUAACACUUGUGAGGGAAACCACAGUUUCAUGUCCAAAUGUGAGAUUAGAUAUUAUCUCAUAAAUUUUAACUCAAUGCUUAUCUUUUUCCGGUCAUAACGGGUUGGUGACACAAGUUUUUACUUGAAAAAUAAAGUAAAUGAUGAAAUUAAAAUGCAUUUUAUAUAUAUGGAGAGAGAGGGGGGGGGGGGGGGAGAUUAUUUAUAAGUUAUGAACCGUCACCUGAACGUGAUGGAGGGGGUUUGUGUGUCCCAAUGAUCCUAGGAGCUAAGUUAUCUGUGUCACGUUUGCAAGGUGGUGGUGGACCCCAAAAAGCAGGCAGCAGGGAGGAGCAGGGUGAACUUGACAAUUUGUAUUUAUAAAACACAGAACACUAAAUCCUAAACAAACAAAGUCCAAAGUAUCAGACAAAAACCAUAAGUGAAGCUCAAAACUGGUGAUGGGACGAGCGACACUUGUGCGUCAGCACAGUGCCGAGAGCUCAAGAGUGAAACCCCGUAUUGGUGCAUGUAUUGCUUUAAGAAAGAAUCACGUGACCAAUACAGGAACUAAAUCGUUUCAAUGUGCUGCGCCAAAGUGUGUUUACAAGGACACAAACUGUAUCAACAUGUCGUGGGUUUGUUGGCUGGGAUUUUACGAAAUUAUGGAUCGUUCUCAGAAGUUUUCCCCAGUGUGGAAUAAUUUUGAUCUUGGUAAAUAUAUUUCCCCUUUGAGCAUUGUUUACUGUUAUAUACUUUCUUUUUUUUACGGUGGCGCAUUGCACCCACUUUAUCAGUUUAUCAAGUGAAUGACCUGUUAUACAUAUGAUAGUCAGUUAAAGAGCCUUGCACUUGCUUUAUUCAUCUUAUCUUAUAAUUGCGAGAUCCUCCAUAAUUGAAGUCCAACGCUGCCAGUCUGAAGCAAACACACCCAGAAACCAAGACCCUUUACAAUAUUGUAAAUGGAACCAGCAAACAUAUCCAGAUCAACUUUCAUUUAAAACUCUCUGCUCACUAUCGUAAUUUGAAAUAUGAGAAAGAGUAUUUUCUGAGGCUGGAGAGCUGGUGUAAGAGGAGAAAUCGCCUAGGAGCAAAGACACUCCAAAAACUUUUGUUACUCAAUAAAAAUUCAUGAACUA